UGCUUCUCUGCCUGGCGCCCUGUCUCUCUCUCUCCCUCGCGGCUUCCCUUCCCCCGAGUUCCCCUGCCAUGGCGCGCUGCUCCCUGGCGCUUCUUCCUGCGCCGCGCCCCUGGCCCUUCUGCCCUGAGCUCGAUCCAUGGGCGCGGUUUCAUGCUCGCCGGCGUUCGGACCGCGGCUUGCUCCUCCAGCACGGCCUCCUCCCUAACGCCGUUCCACUUCCUCCCUGUGCUUGAGCUCCGUCCUCCCCAGCCAUGGUGCUCUGCGCGCCGAGCUCGACCUCUGUUCCUCCUGCGCGGCGCUCCUCCUCUCCGAGCUCGCCCCUGCGCGCUUGCUUCCUGCGCGUGCUCGCCGGUCGGAGCUCUCUGUCUCUGGCACGCUCGCCCAUGCCGCACGCAGCCGAGCUCGCCCUGCGCGUCCAUCUCCUAUUGCUCCAGCUCCCACGCACGCUCCGCUCUGUUGCCACGCGCGCCCCUGCCCCUGCUUCCAUGACUGGCCGCGAGCUCCAGCUCGGCCGAUCGCGCUGCUCCCCUACGCUUGCCGCGGUGCCUCUCUCCCUGCUUGCGCGUGUAGAUGUGCCCUCUGCUCGGUCCUGCCCAAGCUCCCAGCUUCCUGCGCGCGUGAAGCUCUCUGCUCGCCGUCGUUUUUCCCCUGCGCGCUCAGUUCCUGCUCGCCAGCGCGCCCUCUCGGAUCGCUCAGCCUUAAUCGCCAUCACGUCCGAGGUUUUGAUAUGUCUUCCUGCUCGCCGUCAAACUUGGGUUCCCUGCUCAGCCUUUAGAGCUAGCGCGUCGCCGUGGUGUUACCGUCUGGCCGUGAUUCACUGGUGGUCCACGUCUCCGCAUGUUCAAAUCGUCAACCCCAUGCACCACCUGCUUGCUAAAUGGGAAACCAACAGUUCUCUCCCUGCUCCUGUCGUUCACUAUCAACUUCAGCAUGUUGGUCAUGCUCGCCGAGUCUCCAAGCUGGCCAUCAAGUUCUGCUUUCGCUCCCGUGCCGCACACACUCAUCUUUGCUUGCUGGCCGUGCACCUCACUCCGCUGUUCUGAGUCUGCCAGUUGCUAUUGCUUAUCCGCGUCAUGACAUCACUCGCCGUAGUUCAGCUCGCUAGUUCGUCGUUGUUCAUCUCCGUGUCGGGUCUACAACAAUAUUGUAGAUCCCUCCUAGGUACUUGUCGUCGUUCGGUCCCUACGUGAUGCCUCCGAAUUGUGAUCGCGUCGACAAAAUAAUCCCAAGAAGAUGUGGAGAAGCAAGCCCCUGGUCGAUGCCCCCUAGUGCUCGGCGAAAGGCAUGAACAAGAAUCGUCAAUGUUGACUUGGAAUUCUAGUUGAAUCGGGAACCGUUCUCUAGUUCACUAUUUUUAUUAAUUGAUUGAGUCGAUGGAUUGAAUAGAUAUAUUGAUCACGACGAUUAUCUUGAUUGAGGCAUAAACAUGUCAUAGUUAUAUUAGAUGGUUGCC